GCGGACUUAGCGUGACCGGAAGUAGGCGGUGCAGAGCCGUUCCUGACCUAGAACUUCCGGUGCGGCCUGUUGGAGCCCCGAAGCGGUUGAGGGGGCGGCGGCGGUUGAGAAGAAGGCGGCUGGGCGUUCCGGCGGCCGACAGAAACAACCUCGCUGUCCCUUGCCUGUGUCUUCCUGAGUUUGCCACAAUGGUGUCCGUCACAAUGGCUACAUCAGAAUGGAUUCAGUUCUUCAAAGAAGCUGGGAUUCCCCCAGGACCUGCUGUCAACUAUGCUGUCAUGUUUGUGGAUAACAGGAUCCAGAAGAAUAUGCUGAUGGACCUGAACAAGGAGAUCAUGAAUGAAUUGGGCAUCACCAUAGUUGGGGACAUCAUUGCGAUCCUCAAGCACGCCAAAGUGGUGUAUAGGCAGGAAAUGUGCAAAGCCGCAACAGAGUCGGUGGCCUCUAAUCAAACCAACUUGCAGUCUGAACUCCGUAGAAAUGCCAACAGUGCGGCCACCCGGAUGAUUGCAAACAGCUUAAGCCGAGACUCUCCACCUUCUACUCCUGUUCGGAGACCUGACAGCAAUGCCUCCAAAAUUUCUGUCACUGUGUCCAACAAAAUGGCAGCAAAGAAUGCCAAAGCAGCUGCAGCUCUCUGUAGUCCUGGAACUGAGAACUCCACAGUCCCAGUGAAACGGCGCCGUGUCACUGCAGAGAUGGAAGGGAAGUACAUUGUCCACAUGCCAAAAGGAACAACACCCAGGACCAAGAAGAUCCUGGAGCAGCAGGCAGCAAAAGGUCUACAGAGAACCUCAGUGUUUGACCGACUUGGCGCAGAGACCAGUGCAGACACAACUACAGGAAACAAACCCACAGGAGUAUUCAGCCGGUUGGGGGACAUGCAGGAGACAGAGGAGGACAAAGCGGCUGAGAGUGAUGAUGAUGAUGAUGACAGCUCCGUCCUGCCGUAUGCUGGAGUGCUGAAAAAAUUCUUCAAGCCGCCCAAGCCCAAAGGGAACUCCAAAGCAGGGGUGACGGUCAAAGCAAAAGCCACCAGCUCUGAGCCCAAGGUAGCAGUUUCUGCUUCUCCCUCUCCUGCCAUCCAGCGGCUUGGAAGCAAAGGUCCAGCCAGCCCUGUGGCUCCUGUCAAGGAAAAGAAGCCAGAGUUGCCCCCGCCUAGCCAUGUUGCCAAAAGAUUGGGCAAGCGUUCUUUGCCCACUGAAGCCCAGGACAGCAGUGUCACCAGCUCUAAGAGCAAGCCUGACUCUGGAUUCCGUGUCACUAUAAAGAGGACUUUGGGGAGCACAAAGGUAAGCAGCACCACGGAGGCCCCCAGCGCCCAGAUGGACAACACAGGGACAGUCAGUGUCUUUAAAAGGCUGGGCAGAAAGACUGUAUGAGCCCAGCCUUGCCCAUCUGUCACAAGCAUGUUGUGGAAUCCAGACAAUUUGAAAUCAAUAUGUGUGGUUUCUUUCAUUUUCACUUAUGGCCCGCUCACCCUUCGUGUCUGUUUCCACCACAAAUGAGCCACUGUGCUGCUUCUGGGCUCAUCAGUCUUGGUAAGGAUUUGUUCUGUGAAGUUACUGGUUGGUUCUGCAGGUCUGUUAGAAUGACCUCAGCCCCUUCCUGUGUGAGCAGGGAUCAGGGGAGUGGGAUCGAUAUAUGAUCAGUACUAGAAUCAGGGGAUAAGAGUAGAUAGAACCUUAGAAAGGAAGCAAGGUACCCUUGGGUAAGAAUGAGAGGACCCUGAACACCCCUUUCUGUUGUUGUUUUUUUUCUCUGCAGGUCUUUACACCUUCCUAGGAAGUAGUGUCUCCUUGAGGGACUCCGUAAGAGAGGCAGACAAACAGGCAGAGGCCCCGGGCUUGUGAGAUGCAGGAGAGGCCUUUUUCUAUGUUCUUUCUCCCAUCUUUUCGUCCUUCCAUCCCUGAGUUUUCUCAUCUGCUGGGUCCUGGUACAUCUAUAUUCCAGGAAUGGCAAUUAAAUAGUUACUGGUUAAUUCCUUUUAAUGGACACUGGACCUGUGCACCUGGCAAAUGCUGCCCCCAUAACAAAUCUUAUCAUGUGUUGGAAAUAAGAGAAUUCUGGUUGCUUCUCUUUAGGUUGCCAUUUUCUUGUACUGCCCAAGAGGAGAGAUUUUCUUUAGCUUUGGGUGUUGCCUGUUAUAUAUGGGAUACAGUUCAGUGGGGAUCAUCACAGCUUCACUUGUUAGAAUUCCUUUCUGGGUUGCCUCCAUUUAUCUUGCUCAGUUUCCUGAAGUUCCCUACUCUGGUUGCAAGGCUUGGAGUGAGUGGAAGUGUAAACUUCCCCCCUUCCCUUCUCUUCCCUUUCAGAGUCCUUUCAAUCACUUCCUGAGGAAACCAGAGGCACUGUCAGAUUGGAAAUCUUGACCAUUAUUUUUGGGGGAUGCCCCCAUUCCAAAUCCCACAGCAGUCUGACUUUAUAUAUACAUGCAUUAUUGCAUAGAUAUCUGGCUGUCAGUAUUUGGUGAGUUGGGAGAGGCCAGUGGCAGUAGAGGUGGGCAGAGAACACAUGUUGGACUCCCCUGGAUAGCUUCUAGUGUUCCCCCUCCCCAGCUUGCCUUCUGUUAAUAUUUAGCAAUCAUAUGUAGGUGAAAAGGGGAGGAAUACAUUGCCGGAUUUAGGUUAUCAGUUCCUCUAACCUUGAUCUGAAAUUGGUGGUGGUUUGUUAUGUAAUUCUUUAAUCCCCAGAGAGGCUUUGGAGACACAUGGGUGGUCCUUGUAGAAGGAGCCAUACUUGUUUCUUAAUUUUAUAUGCAUGGUGCUUCACAAUGCAGCUGUGUAGGGGCUCUGCUUUGCAGGUUGCCAUUCUGUCACAACACAGUUCAGUAGUGCCUGAUGGUGGUUUGUGUGAGUGAUGCAACCAUCUACCUGUUGACAUGUAAGUCUAGGGAGGAGAAGGUUGACUAUUGUUCUGAUGGCAAGCAGACUGUGUAAACCCUUUCUUUCUUUCUUUCUUUCUUUCUUUCUUUCUCCCUCCCUCCCUCCCUCCCUCCCUCUUUUUGUCUCUCUCAUCACCCAGCAAGCCCCACUGUAAGGCAGCAGGGUAUUGGGGCAGGUAUCUGGGCCUUAAUCUCACUGCGUGGCUAGUCUUUCCCUCUUGGCCUUUCUCUCCAUCCUGUAUCCUACAAUCCAUUGCCAGGGCAGCAUCCCUUGAAUUGGCUUCUGAUUGGUCCUAAGAUGGAGGCCACUGACUUUCAAUGCCCUGCAGCAUCUUUGACCUUAUUUCAAGCUAAACAGUUACUUCCCUAAAUUCUGCCAUGAACUGUUGGAGAACGUGUUUCUUUUUUAUUCCUUAGAAGUAAAGCAGUGGCCCUGUUGGACUGCUGGUAUUUUUAAACUUUUAUUGAGUAAAUUUAGUGGAGCUGGAAGAGUUACACAAUAGUAAUGGUUUGGGUUCUGUUUGUUUUUUAAAUCAAAGAAAUUUGGCUGUAGCCUUGCACUUUUUUGUAGUCGUUUGUAUCUGAGACGGGGGACGGCUCUUCACUCCUGUUGACUGAAUCUGUCAUGGGCCUCUCCUGCAUUUGGGAAAACGUGAGUAUUCUCUUGCAAUAAAAGUGUGUCUCCUCUUC